AUGUUCACCCAGCGUCCCUCCACCUCCACCUACCGCCACCGGACCUCGCCCCAUCGUCAGAUGUAUGGCAAGCCCCACCGCGAGUCCACUUUCCGGAACGCCGACGCGCAGAUUCGCAGUGCUGGAAGCGCGCCGACGCGGCACGACGAAACAAGCUGGCGCGACCCAGCUUUUCGGGCGGAUCCAGGGUCGGCUUUCCACUCCCCGCUUCAAAAUAGUAAAGCAACCACCACGCUUGGCUACUCGUCUCUGGCAGGCGAACGGCGUGGAUCGCGUACGCAUCCGGGUUGCUUCCCUCAAAGAAGAACGCUAUCGCUCGAUUUGGAAGCACGCCGCGUGCCAUCUGUUCCGCCGCUGUUCCCCCAGGCGCGCUCCGAGGAUGAGCAGUCCAUGGAUUCCGAGUCUGAGGACGAUCAAGAUGCAUCGAACGGCGCGUCGGACCCGUCUAGCUCCAGCGAGUCCCAGGACCACCACGAAACCGAGCUAGACCAACGAGUCAUUCGCCUAGUCGGUCUGGCCUACGCCGUCACGGAGACAGACAUUGUUGAGUUUUUCUCAGACAUCCCGGUCAAACAAGUGGUUGUGGUGCAGCGCCGCUCCGAGAUGCAUCACUCUGGCGUUGCGUACGCCGAGCUCGUGAGCGCAAACGAUAUUGCUGCGGCCUUGCAAAUGCAUCACCGGUUUCUCAAAGGCCGGUACGUGGAAAUCUAUCCGAGCGAGCAUGAGCACUUGGUCAAAGCUCUCGAGCACAACGAGUCUGUCAAAGCCUACGCGGCUCGCAAGCGAGAAUCGGCCGCAAACGCAACAGCACCAUCCUCCGAGUCAACAAUGCAAUCGAUGCGUGGCUGCUCUCCGCCGUUUGUCCGUCCCGCCACAUCCUACGAAUCGACUCCGUCGAGAGUCCCCGAGAUCGCAUCUCCUCCGGCUGUCCCGAGUGGUGCCAGCAUUCCGCGAAUGGCCGCGCUAACCACAUUCCAACCGCGGUCCCGUUCUCCCCCGGCGGCGCAGGCACCUUUGCUGCCUCGGCCCUCUGCCCUCACUCAGUCGAUCUACAGCACACCGAUGCCCAGCCAUCAGCAGCCCGUGGAGUUUGAGACCACACCGUCAGCUGUGCCUCGCGGGUUCCAGGGCCCCAACAGCAAGGCCGCGGGCUUGUUCCCGACGCCAUCGUCUGCCCCGCACCACGGCCACUUGCAUGUUCAAGAAGGGAUGCUGCCGUUCAAUAGCAAGGCUACGAUGCAGGCUUUGCCGCAACCGCCGUCGCCCACCGCUAUGUCGUGGCGAGUUGGCAAACACGGCAGUCAGGAGGGUGCCGAACGCGGCCUCGACAUGUUCUCCACGAACAACUGGUCGAGCAAGCCUGAUCGCGUUUCGCCAGUUGCGUUCCCCCAGUCGAUGCACGGCGGCCUUCCCCACGUUCCGGAAGGACUGCACGCACACCAGCCUGCUGCAAGCUGGAACGACCACGGGUUUGAAGAGUUGAUGUCGGCCUUUCGCGCCCCAAACGCAUUCUCCAUGCAAAAGUUCCAACAGGAGCAGCCAAAGCAACAUCAGUCGCAGCCAAAACAGCCAAUGCAGCCGAUGCAUCCGUUGCCUCUUGAGGGCUACUCACAGGUGGCGCCAGUACCGCUGUCGUAUACAAUGCCUGCGCCUCAGGUACUGCCUGCAGUCACGAGCACAAUCCACCUGCAGGCCGGACGGGUGGAGCAAAACGAAGCUCCGGCACCUCAGCUGCCACCGAUGACGACGGAAGGCGUAUGCACAGACUGGUGUGUGUACCUUGCCGACGUGCCUGCCGACGCCCCGCUGUCCUCAAUCUGGAAGGUCUUUGUCGAGCUGGGACUCACACCGUGUGGCGUCGCCGUCACGGUUGUGCAACAGCCGCAGCACUCGUCUCUGUUUUCUAGCAAGCCGGUGGGCCCUGCCUCUUCGAGGUUUGGCAGGGUGUACUUUACAUCUUCUCACGCCGCUGCUGGUGCUCGCAGCCACACGAAGCUCUGGAUUCAAUCUCCAUCUGGCGGUGGAUAUGUGUUUCUGCAUUGAUUUUUGUUUUCUUGUUUGUUUUCAUUUAUCUUGUGAGAGUUGUUUGAGCGACCUUGGU